AUGUCCGACCCGGAGCCUACAAUGGCGGCCGCCUCGUCCUCGCCAUCGCUGCCGGCCGUCGACUCGAGUGCUCUGACCUAUGCCUUUUUGGUGCACUCGCAGAAGACGCUCACACAAAAUCUACCGCCCCGAGUGGACAACAAAUUACUCGCGCGACAAAAACGUCGUCGGACAAGCCCCGAGGACCAUGCUAUUCUCGAAGCCGAAUAUCAAAAAAAUCCCAAACCCGAUAAACUUGCUCGCACUCAAAUUGUGAAUCGCGUCUCGCUGGGCGAGAAGGAAGUACAGAUCUGGUUUCAAAAUCGCCGCCAAAACGACCGACGGAAAUCAAAACCGCUGCAACCACACGAGUUGCUUGCACCGCGCUCCAGCAUGUCGGCCUCAUCGGUUCAUCAUCCAACAAGUGAUGACCGCGCGUCGGCGGAGCCGGGGUCAUCGAGUGGGGCAGAGCAAGUCGAAGGGCAGGAGACGAUCCACGAUUCUCGACCGUCCUGUUGGAGCGAUGGACUCUUGCAUCUCCCGGACGACUCGGAUCCGAUCGUGGAAGAUGAGGACGACGAGGAAGGAGAAAAGGGUGAUCUCGACCCGGUGAAUCCAAGCACACAGUCCACCGUCGCCACAGAGGUCGUGGAGGAGACUCCGCCCACCACGCAAGAAGAGUUUCCGGGCGCAGAAUCUCAACGUCCAUCGCAUGAGAGACCGGUGGAAGAAUCUGAAAAGGUCGUCAAGCGGAAACGGUCAACGUCAGAUCUGCGGGAGGAAACGACCCGCGAUCGGUCCGCCGUCCAUGCACUCGCCACUCCCAUCAAGUCCCCCCCGUCUCUCCGCCUCUCGCUCUCCUUUGAUGGAGAGGCGAUGGUGCGCAAGGAAGAUGAGAUGACUCCAUCGCCCCCUCAUAGUCGACACUCUCUGCGCAUUGCCAUGUCCUCCGAUGGCAAGGCCGUGAUUCGCGGCGAGAAUGAACCGUCGCCUUCCAAGAAUCGCGUGGCCAUGUUCUCCGUCCGUCGGCCCAAAUUCACAGGUCUGCGCCGCAGCAGCAGCGCCAUCUUCCCGGCCACGCCGCAGACAGCCACGUCCGAGAGGGAUCGCAUGUUCGGUCGUUCCCGCGAUGCCCGAAACUGGGAAACUGCUUUUGACACGGAUGCCCGCAGUGCCCUCGCCACUCCUACCUCUUCUCACAAAAUCCUAGGCUCGUCCCCGGGACUCUUCCGCUCUCACAGCCAGCGCUCGCUGGUGCGCAGUGCCUCACAACGCAACAGCAUGGCCUCGGUUCUGGCAGAUGCGGCGCGCACCCCCAUCUCCGAAUCCAUGGGCGAGAAGAGGCGAAAACUCUCUCGAGCCACCUCGUCUCUCGGGAGACUGGAGACGGAGCGUCAGCGGAGCAUGCAUUAUCAAUACUCUAACCUCAAAGAGACCCCCUCCAAACCUGGCAAGAAGGGAGAGAUGGACUUUGAUCUCGGGGAUUCCGACAAGGAAAACUGGGUCCCCGGCACCCGAUCACCACCGGUGCGACGACGCAAUCCAUCCGCGGUCCCUCGACCCGCGUUGCGUGACGCCAACCGCAGGGCUGGUCUCGGCAUCUCGUCAACCAGCAGACGCAACCGUCAACCGCCGUCAAGUGGCCCGGGGAAAGCAGAACCUGAACUGAGCGCUGAGGUGUCGGCUUUUAUGGCCGGUGCCUCGGGCAGCAGCCCAAAAGAUGAUCUGGACUGCGUCCAAGGUCUUCUCUCCCUCAGCCAAGGGGCAUGGCGCUAA